CUAAAGGCUCAAGGUUAGCCGUCACUCACAUUCCCUCUUUUCUCUUCUCUCUUUCUCUCACUCCUCUCUCCCUCACGGUCCAUCUGCAGUCCACAAGAACCACCGCAGCAGGCCGCCUAGCAGCAACAACCGGCUGCGUUUUCUCUUCCCCACGACAGCCACCAGCAGCCGGCCCAACUCCUCCCUCCAAGGGCAGCAGCUGCUGCAUUUGCUUCUCCUGACAGCAGCAGCGGCUGUUUCGGCUUCCCUACCGUCACCGAGCUCCAUCUUCGACACCAUCACCACAAAAAUUAACUAUAGUUUCACCUCUUGUUCUAGUCCCACCAUUAUCUCGAAGAGAAAAAAUGGCGAUAAGAGGAAAAGGGAGGAAAGUGCGCGAAGAAGAAGACGAAUCGAAGAUAUACAAGAGUGUGAAAGAAUGGACUAAUUGGAGUCUGAAGAAAGGAAAAGUGAUGGUUCACUUUGGUUUAAUUCCUUUGAUUAUCUACAUCGGCAUGAAUUCUGAGCCUAAGCCUUCUCUUUCUCAGCUUCUUUCUCCUUUUUAAUCUUCAUGUAUCUUACUUUUAAUUAAUACAAUAGUAUUGUUCUUAGUGGAAUCUUGUGAUGUGAUGUCGCCAUGUCGGUUUCUUGAUGUUAAUGAAUGGACGAAUUUUAUUGUUGAUAUCUAAUUGUUGAUGCUUGUGUUGAUC